CGCGUCUCCUCGCCUCCGAGGAGGAUGUGAGAAGAAAGUGCGGAAAGUGCAGAAGAUACAAGUGCCGAUCGUAGGACGGAACGGUAGGAUUGUACGAACGGCCGGCGCACUCGCGUUUCGAUAGCGGUCACCAGCGGUCACGUUGGCGAUCGAAGGUGCAUGUACGGGAUAACCUCGCUCCGCUCAAUCGCAGAGGAACGUACGCAAUGACGGAGAUAGUGGUGGCCACCGACGAGGAGCAGUUACUGUCGCGGAUCUCUAAUCUUGUCGCUCGCGCCGCCGAUGACGCAACCUCACGUGAUGAUCGGAUCUUUCGAUUCGGAGUAUCAGGUGGUUCAAUAGUGGAAUUAUUGGUCAAAUCUUUGCCUAAUAUCGAAACUGACUGGAGCAAGUGGCGCUUCUUUUUCUGCGAUGAACGAGUUGUGCCUCUAGAGAGUUCUGAUUCUAAUUUUGGCCUCUACAAAAGUUGUCUUAUUGGAAAAGUGCCUGUCACUGAGGAGCAAUUCAUAAAAAUUGAUUCAGACUUAAAUGCCGAGAACGCGGCGAAGGAUUACAUUAAAAAAAUGGCCUUCUUCUUCCCGCCGGACAGAUUACCGAGAUUCGAUUGUUUGUUGCUGGGCCUGGGUCAGGACGGGCAUACAUGCUCGCUCUUUCCGGGUCAUCGAGCUCUCGACGAUGAGAACAUGUGGGUCACAUGGGAGUUAAAUGCGCCAAAACCACCACCUAGUAGGAUCAGCCUUACCAUACCAGUCAUCAAUAAUGCUCGCAUGUGCGUAUUUAUCGUUACUGGCGCCAGCAAGACCGAGAUCGUCAAGAGGGUCUUAAAAGAUAAAGAGGAUUUGCCAGCCACGAGAGUGAAUCCAAUUGAUGGUACUCUCUUUUGGCUGCUCGAUCAGGAAGCAGGCAAACUACUUAAUUCAGACUGAAACGCGAAAUUAGCCCAAAGUAAGACCGCUACAAAAGAUUUGCACCAUUUUUAUAACAUUCCAUAUUAUGUAUUAAGAUCGUCCAAUAAUUCCAUUAUAAACCUUUUUUUAGCUUGAUAUUUUAAUACAUGCUUUUUUCACUAUAAUUUACUAUUAAAGUUGAUAAAAUGUUUGAAUAAGCAUGUGUUUAUACCAAAGGCAUGUAAAAAUAAGUAAAAAUCACAAAAAAUCAAAUAGGCAACUUUUGACUGAUAUUGCUCAAUAAUAUCGUUUAUAUAAAAAAUAUGUAAACUUUAUCGUAAAUUAAUCUGCACAUUGUAAAAAAAC